AUAUAUAAUACCGCACAAUGCCGACAAGUAAGAGCAUCAUACCAACACGGAUUAAUCCGGAUAUCGAGAAGGAACGCAGAACAGCCAGUUUCAGUAUUGAAGAAUUCCAGUGCUGGUGGUAUGGUGGCGCAGACAAAUUGAAAGAGAAACGUGAAAUCGAAACCUACCUUUACAAAGACAUCAGAGAUGGUCACCUGCAUGACUAUCUCUCACACGAAGAUGUUUAUCACUUGUCACUGAAGGAUGUUACGGAAGCAACUAAGAAGUUACGUAAACUACAAGAGAUACGUAAUCCGGGUGGUAAUGACAUUUGGCCCAAACUGCUCUAUGGCUACCCCAGUACGGCUUUGAUGCCCGCAAAUUCUCCCUUAGCCACGCAUAUCACCAUGUUUGUCGAUGUGCUGUACAAUCAAGGCACACCAGAGCAAAUUGAGAAAUUUGCCAAACCAGCAGUCAAUUGCAGUAUAAUCGGCACUUAUGCACAGUCGGAACUCGCGCAUGGCACCAAUGUUCGUGGCAUUGAAACACGCGCCGAUUACGAUCGGGAAACCGAUGAAUUUGUCAUAAACACACCCAAUUUGGAGGCCUACAAAUGGUGGCCGGGAGGAUUGGGUCACACCGCCAACCAUGCCAUGGUGGUGGCACAACUCUACAUCGAUGGCAAGCAUCAUGGCAUACAAAUGUUUGUGGUGCAGCUGCGCGACAUGGAAACGCAUAUGCCGCUACCCGGUGUGGAUAUUGGUGAGAUUGGCAAGAAACUUGGCAUGGCAGCUGUGAAUCAAGGUUUUCUGGGUUUCAAGAAUGUACGCAUACCGCGUACAAAUAUGCUAAUGCGUAUUGCGAAAGUUUUGCCGGAUGGCACUUUUGUCGCCAGUCCUGUACCGAAACUGAACUAUAUGACUAUGGUGUAUACACGCUGUUUGAUUUUGGAUUUGGCCUCUAAUUCCCUACUGCAGGCGGCCACUAUAGCAACACGUUACUCGGCUGUGAGACGACAGAGUCCGAUUAAUGCAGAUGAACCAGAACCGCAGAUCAUCGAUCAUGUCACGCAGCAAUUGAAACUCUUUUCGGAAAUAGCUAACGGCAUUGCUUAUCGUCUUUGCAUACGCUACAUGUGGGAGAUGUAUGAUCUAACGCUACAAGAGAUUAACAGCGGCGAUUAUAAACGUAUGACGGACAUUCAUAUCAUUUCGUGUGGGCUUAAAGUACUCUCAACUACCGAUAGCUCCUUCGGUAUUGAACGUCUACGUUUGGCCUGUGGUGGUCAUGGCUAUUUGACAUCGACCAAUUUUAGUACCCUUUAUGGCAAUACCGUUGCCGCCUACACUUAUGAGGGUGAAAACACAGUGUUGUUGCUGCAAAUUGGUCGUUAUUUAGUCAAAACCUGGUUGCAGCUGACACAAGGCAAACCAAUGCCAGCGCUGACGGCCUAUUUAGCGGAAAUGCGAGACAAACGUGAAAUGCCACCAUGGAACGACAGUUGGGAGUACUUGGUUAAGUUGUUGCAGUUUACGGCGACAAAUAAAACACGUCUGGCAUUCGAGCAUCUGACCAAACGUGUGGCUGAUGGGCAAACACAAGAGGAAGCAGCCAAUAAUACAGGCAUCGAAUUGACACAGGCAGCGGAACUACAUGGACGUCAGUUCGUCGCUUCAGUGUUUUUAGAUCAAGUUAUUGGCGCAAAGUCUGCGGAACGUUCUAAAGCGUUAAAUACCGUUUUACAGAACAUUUUAGAAUUAUAUUUGGUGCAAACUAUCUUGCGUCACAUGAACGAUAUACUGCGGUUCACUACCAUCAGCGAUGCUAACCUGCGAUCUCUACAAAAUCGUCUUGAAAUGUCUUUGAAGAAAUUACGUCCAGAUGCUGUGGGUAUAUGUGAUGGUUUUGAUUUCCACGAUCUUGCCUUGAACUCAACUAUAGGUUGCUACGAUGGCAAUGCGUACGAGCGUUUGUUUGAGGCGGCAAAGAGAAGUCCACUUAAUCAGAAACCGGUGCCUGACUCUUUCGAGAAGUGUUUGAAACCAUUUUUGAAGUCAAAUUUGUAAUUAUUUAAUUUUAAUAUUUUUAAAUAUUUGUGUAUGGUGUAAGGAAUUUUUUAUGUUUUUAUACCUAUUAUGAUGUUUUAUAAAUAAAAAGGUGGAUUGCUUUCGGGGUAAGCUUUUCAGAAAAAAAUCGA